AUGAAAGCAAAAAAAGCAAUUAUUGGUAAAUGUUAUCAAAUAUUCAAAUCUUCUAAUGUUACUUUUGGUACAAUACAAAAUCAACAAAAUAGUUUACAAAGAGAAAUUCGAAGAGAACAAACUGAUAAUCGUCUAUUAGAACAAACUGUAAUUACAUUUGUUGAUGAAUUAAGUAAAACUUCAAAUAAUAAUACAAAAAAAAGUUCAAAAACAACAAAUGCAUUCAAAGAAUAUCUUAACAAAAGCAUUAUUCGACCUAGUAUGGAGAAUUCAUGUGAACAAGAAAUGAAUACAAAUGAUGAAAAACUUAUGGAUAAAUUUACAAAAGCAUUGAUAUAUAUACAAGAUUUCUAA